CACAGUCGUGCGUCACAGUCUCUGAAGUCACGAGUUCAAUCUGUGAUCAUAAAUAAACCUCUGUAUUUCAAGCUUUAUUACAAACAUUAGCAAGGAAGUAAUACCUCAAUCAUUUUUUCUGUUGGAGAAGUUUGCGGUGGCGCCCGUUAAACUAAUUUUAGCCUGUUAAUAAUGUAAUCAGAGUACUACACGCCAGACAUUUUUUACAUACUGACUGACAGCAUCAUACAGUUGCUGCAGAUUUGUCAGCUGCACAUUUCAUGAUGCAAAUCUCCUGCCCCAUCACAUCUCAGAGGUGGAGGAUUGAGAUCUGAACUCAUGGUCAUGUUCAUGAAACAAGUUUGAGGUGAUCUGAGCUUUGUGACGGGGCGAAACACGUGACAUGAUAACGGACAGAAUAAAAAUUAAAAACUCGCUACCAAAAUAAUGAUCAACUAACAACAGACACCAAAGACACAAUGUUACUAGAUCCAUCGUAAACACGAAUAUUAAAGAAGUCGAAACUUAAACCAGUGGUCAGACACCAUGAGCACUAGGAUGGUGAAGAAGAUAACGAAUGAUAAAUUAUGAAUUUUUACAGUUUUCAGUUUUCUGUCUGUCUUCUGUCUUUGUCCUUUGGGUUGUUGGUCAGCCAGACUCCCUCUGUAAGGGCUGAGACUGACAGUUUUCACUGUUUUCUCACAUGGCGUGCAUCAUAAGAAAUCAUUUUGCCCCAUUUGGUUUUGUAGUGUUUCUGUUGAUCAGGUCAGUGAACUGAGAGGAAGGAUCAACAGAAGACGUCCAUCAUGGCUUCGUUUUAUUUAGAGGUGGCUCUAUUAAUACCAGCCAAGCAGCUCUUUGCUGUCAGUGUUACAGUGAUCCUCUUAGACUCUGUCACUCACUCUCUCGCAGAGAGAGAGAAAGCAGGACACGGAGAGAAGAGCAGAUUUUUCAGAUGAUUAAGGCUUCACAGACGUGUGAGUGCACAAAGUGAAAACAGACUAGAAAUAGACCUGUAAUUAACACGUUCACGGCCUCGGUCAGUGCUGAGGGCCGCUUGCUGUUGUUUUUGGGGAGGUUGCCACAGUGACGGGUGAGCUGGAGGGUAACAGGUUGUCGUCCGAAGCAGAUUUGACUCUGCUGGACUGCACAGGAGCCAGAAUCUCCGGCUGCUGGUCGUUGAGGUCUGACCGCAGCUAAGAGAGGCCACCCAAACACAUGAGAUAUCAAUGUGGGAGCGGGGAGGACUCGUUGGACCGCCUCCUGCCCCCGGCCGGGGCCCCUCGCAGGAAGAGCGCUACCUCUCUGAGUAAAACAGAGCCUCCUCUGCUCCGCACAGGCACACGCACCAUCUACACCGCUGGCCGCCCUCCCUGGUAUGACGAGCACGGAGCUCAGUCAAAAGAGGCCUUUGUCAUUGGGCUGUGUGGGGGCAGCGCCUCAGGGAAGACCACCGUGGCCAAUAAGAUCAUUGAGGCUCUGGAUGUGCCGUGGGUUGUGCUACUGUCGAUGGAUUCUUUCUACAAGGUUUUAUCCCCCGAGGAGCAGGCUCUGGCCGCAAAGAACGACUACAACUUUGACCACCCGGGAGCAUUUGACUUUGAGCUGCUGGUUUCCACCCUGAGAAAACUGAAGCAGGGCAAGAGUGUGAAGAUCCCGGUGUAUGAUUUCACCACGCACAGGAGACAUAAAGACUGGAAAAAUGUGUACGGUGCCAGUGUGAUCAUUUUUGAAGGAAUUAUGUCGUUUGCAGACAAAGAGCUUCUUCAGCUCCUGGAUAUGAAAAUCUUUGUGGACGCAGACUCAGACAUUCGGCUCGUCCGCCGGCUCCGCAGAGACAUCACAGAGCGUGGACGGGACAUUGAAGGCGUAAUCAAGCAAUACAACAAGUUUGUGAAGCCAGCCUUUGAGCAGUACAUCGAGCCAACCAUGAGGCUGGCAGAUAUUGUUGUACCAAGAGGUGGUGGGAAUAUGGUGGCCAUUGAUCUGAUUGUCCAGCAUGUUCACAGCCAGCUGGAGGAGCGUGAACUCAGUGUCAGGGCGCUCCUGGCCUCUGCCCAGCAGACGCAGCCGUUGCCCCAGACGCUCAGUGUCCUCGAGAGUACGCCGCAGGUCAGAGGCCUGCACACCAUCAUCAGGAACAAAGAAACCAGCCGAGACGAGUUUAUCUUCUACUCAAAGAGGUUAAUGCGGCUUCUCAUAGAGCAUGCUCUAACAUUUCUACCAUCUCAGCCGUGUUCAAUUCAGACCCCACAGGGCCAUGAGUACGAGGGCUGCAGUUACAACGGUAAAGGGAUCACCGGUGUGUCGAUCCUGCGUGCAGGAGAGACCAUGGAGCCCGCCCUGAGGGCCGUGUGCAAGGACGUCCGCAUCGGCAAGAUCCUCAUCCAGACCAACCUCGACUCAGGCGAGCCAGAGCUGCAUUACCUGCGUCUGCCCAAAGACAUCAGUGAAGAUCAUGUCAUCCUAAUGGACAGCACAGUCUCCACCGGCGCUGCUGCCAUGAUGGCAGUUCGAGUCCUAUUGGAUCAUGAGGUGCAGGAGGAUAAGAUCAUGUUGGUGUCGCUGCUGAUGGCAGAGCUCGGGGUGCACUCUGUGGCCUAUGCCUUCCCAAAGGUCAAAAUCAUCACCACUGCUGUGGACAAGGGCCUGGAUGAUUUUUUACAUGUAAUUCCUGGUAUCGGGGACUUUGGGGACCGGUACUUUGGGACUGAUGGCUUCGACAGCUGGAGUGAUGAGGAGGACCAGGAGCAGCUGUCAUACUGACUCAAACAUUUGUGAGACUCUGUGAAAGACAACACAAACUACUUGAAAACUGUUGUGCAUCAUCCUCUUCAGGUGUAGACUAGCAAAAACAAAAAAUGUUAUAUUCACUUUUGUGUACUGUAAAUUAUUUUUUUUUACUCCUCUGAAGAUGAUGUCUGAGUCCAGGUUUGUGCACGAGGGAUAUUUUGUUCUGCUCGAGUAUUCAUCUUAAAUAUUUUAAUACCGAACAGUAAAGCAGUGCCAUUACCUUUGAGGUGCAGUAAAACAAUAAUGCAAUAACGUUAUUAAAUGGGUCCAGGUUGCACCAGCUGUUCUUAAAUCCAGAACUUAGUAAGAGUAAAAGAGUCAUUUCAAAGAGUAAUGUACUAAAUUUAGUUGGGCAGUUAAAAUAUAGUGAAUGUCUUCAGUAGUUUUGACUGUAGUAAUGUGUAAAUCUGUCAUGCAUAUAGGGAGUUUCAGUUCAAUACAGCAGCACCGUGAGGCAGCAUCAGUAUGGAAACAUGGGCACAGUAGCAGGUAAAGUUUGCCUUGUUCACAGUCUCAGUUUUACAUAUUACCAAGCCAAAGUACAGCUGAUUGGACCAAAGAAAAGCUCACAUACGAUAUUAUUUGAAUAAAAAUUAGGAGAUCACCAACAGUAAGACGUUUCUAGGCUCGAUUUCUGCUGAUUGGUAGGCUGUCUCCCUGUGCGUGUGUGGGCUUUCCUCUUAAGAGCUUGAAGUCCAGUCGCCUUCUUUUGAAGCUCUUAAGACUACCAUGACCUGGAUGACUGAGAGCCUGCACAGACAUGUGGGCUUUCCUCCAGUUUCCUCUCGCAGUUCUAAGACACGUGUGUCAGGUUAACUGGUGAUUGGUAAGCUUGUCUGUGGCUGUAGAAGGCUCUCACUGGUGAUCAUUUGCCAAAGUGGUUAAAUAAUUUAAUUUUUCUUCAUUACUAGACACUAAUGAAUACAUGUAAUUCAUUAUUACAAUUGUUUGGAAUUUUCACAUUAAAAACCCCCCAUAAAUUUCAUCCUCAUGGUGGUGCUAGAUGAAAAGUUAGAGGUGCUUCUUUUUUGGGGUGAACAGCACAAUAGACAAUUUUUUAAGGUAUUUGUGUGAUUCUUGAAGUCGCAGAUGAACUUAUCUCUAUCGAUAAAACCAAUUGUGUCUAAACAUAGCUCUGACUAUGCUCCAUUGGAGAAGUGUGUUUUUAAGAAGAAAGACAUUUCACACAAUUUAGAUUGAGUGUGAAACGUCUGAUUGCAUGAACCCUACCACCAUUAUAGGUCAUGUGUUUGGUCAUUAGUUUGACCAUUUUGUGAGCAUAAUUUCAGACCUUUACUGUUACAAUGUAAUUCAACCAUAUUUUCAUAGCAGCCAACUAAAACCAAUUAACUCGUUUGCAGUCAUCUAAACAGCUCAGGCUAAUAUUAUAUUCUGGGUAUUUGGUUCACAUAGAUACACAGCAGUGAUGUAUAGGAUUUACAGGCUAUAAAUGUUAGUGUGGUGAAGCCUGUUUUAAAUUGGGGAUAUGUUCAUUUGCACGUAGUUGUUGAGUCACUUGUAUUUUUAUAGCACAUUUAAAAACACCUGGCUUGGGCCCAAAGUGCUUUCCAGUCCAGGCAGGUGGAUUAACAAAACAUAGAGGAAUGCAUGGAAGGUAAAAACAGCAUUAAGAGAGAAAUAUGAGUAAAGGAACUGGGAACAUAUCAAAGUAAUGGCAUAAACACAGUGUAAUUACACUUGCACAGCAUUUGAUUUUCCAUCAAUCCCCUUUCUUCCACAUAUCCAAUUCAUAGGAUCAUAGUGGGGCUGCGGCCUAUUUCAGUUGUCAUGGGGUGAGAGGUGGGAUACACCCUGGCAAGACACCAGUCUUUCACAGGGCUAAGAGACACAGACAACCAUCUACAGCCAAUGCAGAACCUAACAUGCAAGUCUUUGGAUUGUGAGAGGAAGCCGUGGGUGCUGGAGGGAUCCCAAGCAGGCAGAGGAAGGGCUCCAGUCGGCCGGUGAAUUUGAACCAACAAUGCAGCAACAAUGCUAAACUUUGCAGUGCUGUGCUCCCGUGCAUUUCUUAAAAAUAAGUUUUAAUUAAAUUAGAAUUAAAAAUUUUAUUUUUUUGCAGCCAAAGCAAAAAAAGAUAUUUUACAUGAAAAUUGCCCCUCAACACCUUUUUCCUUCUCACUGUUGCAGUGUGCUGCUCAUAAGGAGUCACUUCCUCCAAAAUACUGUGGGGUCCAAUGUCUUACAAUAAUGCUACUGUGAUUUAGUACUAUACAAGUAAACACGAAUUGAACUGAAUUAAAUACUAGAAAUAACAUUGUUGUAGAUCACUACUGUUUUUCAACUGAAAGAGUUUUCUUUUGUCCUCGUCAUAAAAAAAGAGCAAAAAGUCAAAAAUGUGAGCACUUUUUAUCCACCAUGGUUUAUUGUGUCUUAUAAAUCAAAUCAAAGCAAUAAAAUUUACUGCAAAUACAUAGUUACAAAGGAAACAAGUCUGAGUUUAUGAAUAGCUGGUGCAACAAGAAAGUGUUCAGUGAACUUUCACACUUUAUGCUGCUCUAGAAGGAUUUUUCUGUAUGAAAUGGGUUAAACUUAUGUCUGAAGUAGAGCUGUUGUUUUAAAUUUAUAGUAAAGACACAUAAGAAAGGGGGGAUUAGAUAAGGAUUAAAAUGUAAAAAAAUAUAAAUCUUGUAUUCAGGGUAUGAAAAACAUGAGAUUUUGAUACAGAUUCAGUUUUCAGCUCUCACAUCCACCACUCCAAGUUACUGCUGGAGUUUGACAUGGCGUGUCUGCGAGGUGCCGGGUCACGGACGGUCACAUGCUCACGCUUGAAUACUUUAAAAGCUCCUCUGACUCUCAGGGUUCACGCACAGGCCGCCUGGCUCCUCUCUGCAAUGCACUUUAAGGCCUGAAGGGGUCAGUAUGGCUCACAUUAAGCUUCUUCCAGUAUGAUUUAUAGUGUGUUUAUUACCUUUGAGAAAUGUGUUAUUUUACAGCACAGGAAAUGCACACGGACUCACCUGAAUCACAAGUUAGAGGUUUGAUGUGAGCAGCUGGAAACAUCCUUGUGCUUCUCAGUUUAACUGACUGAUCUGGUGCUGGGUGCGGUGUGUUAAUGCUCACUUGUGAACAUGUAAAUAAUAAUGUUUCAGGGCUAAAAAUGAGCAGUAAAGAUCACCUUCCUGUCGUG